CGCCUCGUCCUCGCAUUCAUCGUCAUCGUUGUCCGUGUACAUAAAGCGGAUCGAGCAUCGUCUUGAACGUCUCAGAGCCCACGACGAACGACACGUCCGUGUCCAUCCACUCCAUCGCCGAUGUGCCUCAGCUGCCGUGGCUCACGACGAAGAGGACGAUCGCCGUGCCGCCCUCCGACAUGACAUGGCGGACCACCUCUGCCGCAUGCUGGACUCCGCCGCCUUGACAGACGUGUCUUUCGUCACGGACGACGGCCACGGUGGGCAGGCGCCGCCGAUGCGAGCCCACCGUGCUAUCAUCGCCGCCCGCUCGCCUGCUUUCGAGGCGGCGCUCUGCGGCCAGUCGUUAGAGGCCAACGCGCACAUCAUCACGGUGCCCGACAUGGACACCGACACGUUCAAGGCGAUGCUCCGAUUUAUUUACACGGAUGACCUACCCACGGGACUUGACGAUGACAAGGCCAUCCGGUCUCUUCUUGCCGCCGCUGACAAAUACGGGCUCCACCGGCUGAAGCUUUUGUGCGCAAAACGGAUGCUGGACAAGGCUUCCACUACGGGAGAAACUCCAUGUGCCGACGGCCAGCCCAUGUAG